GCGCGGCCGGGAAGCAGUGCAGCCGAGGAGCGCGGUGCCCGGAGCGCGGCCGCCUGCCGAGCCCCGCCAGCCCGAGCCCCGUCCCAGCCGAGCCCCCGGCCCGGUGCUGCGGGCCCCGCGGCCAUGCUCGCCCGCCGCGCCGUGCGCACCUGUGCGCUGCUCGCCCUCUGCCUGCUGGGCGCUCGGGCCCAGGAUUUCGGGCAGACCCGCUUCAUCUGCACUUCGGUGCCGGUGGACGGCGACAUGUGCGCCGCGUCCGUGGCCGCGGGCGGCGCGGAGGAGCUCCGCAGCAGCGUGCUGCAGCUCCGCGAGACCGUGCUGCAGCAGAAGGAGACCAUCCUCAGCCAGAAGGAGACCAUCCGGGAGCUGACCACCAAGCUCGGCCGCUGCGAGAGCCAGAGCACCCUGGACGCGGGGCCCGGCGAGGCCAGGUCCGGCGGCGGCCGCAAGCAGCCCGGCUCCGGCAAGAACACGAUGGGCGACCUGUCCCGGACGCCGGCCGCGGAGACGCUCAGCCAACUCGGGCAAACUUUGCAGUCUCUCAAAACCCGGCUGGAGAACCUCGAGCAGUACAGUCGCCUCAAUUCUUCCAGCCAGACCAACAGCCUGAAGGAUCUGCUGCAGAGCAAGAUCGAUGACCUGGAGCGGCAGGUGCUGGCUCGCGUGAACACCCUGGAGGAGGGCAAGGGGGGCCCCAAGAACGACACGGAGGAGAGGGCCAAGAUUGAGAGCGCCCUGACCUCCCUGCACCAGCGGAUCAGUGAGCUGGAGAAAGGUCAGAAAGACAACCGACCCGGAGACAAGUUUCAGCUGACGUUCCCGCUGCGGACCAACUACAUGUACGCCAAGGUGAAGAAGAGCCUGCCGGAGAUGUACGCCUUCACUGUGUGCAUGUGGCUCAAGUCCAGCGCGGCGCCUGGAGUGGGCACACCCUUCUCUUACGCCGUCCCUGGGCAGGCCAACGAGCUGGUCCUCAUCGAGUGGGGUAACAACCCCAUGGAGAUACUCAUCAAUGACAAGGUGGCCAAGCUGCCCUUUGUAAUCAACGAUGGCAAGUGGCACCACAUCUGCGUCACCUGGACCACCCGGGAUGGGGUGUGGGAGGCCUAUCAGGACGGCACCCAGGGCGGCAGUGGAGAGAACCUGGCACCCUAUCACCCCAUCAAACCACAGGGUGUGCUGGUGCUGGGUCAGGAGCAGGACACUCUAGGCGGAGGGUUUGACGCCACGCAGGCAUUUGUAGGUGAGCUGGCCCAUUUCAACAUCUGGGACCGCAAGCUGACCCCCGGGGAGGUGUACAACCUGGCCACCUGCAGCAGCAAGGCCCUGUCCGGCAACGUCAUCGCCUGGGCUGAGUCCCAGAUCGAGAUCUUUGGAGGGGCCACCAAGUGGACAUUUGAGGCUUGUCGCCAGAUCAACUGAAGGCUUCAGGCCAGGGCUGAGGCCCCAGCCCCUCCCUGCCCACCCUGCUUGUGCGGUGAUGACCCAUCGUCUCUUCUCCCCCUCCCCAGGAAUGACCCAAGGCCAUGGCCCCUGCACACGCACACGCACACAGCCUGGUUUGUCCUCCUUGUGCACACGAAGCAGCCCCGGCUCUUCUCUGGCCCUAAGGACACCCCCUUCUCCCUAGGGGCCCUACUAUUUCCCGGGCAUGCCUAGCUAAAGCAGGCGACAUCAGCUUUGACAAUGCAGAAUUGCGUGAGAGAGAGUGUAUGUGUGUAAGGGGAGGCUUUUCUUUUUAAGACGAGAGAGUUCUUUCCCUCCUUUCCUUGUGGUGUUUGUAAGCUUCCUGAUGGGUCAGCUGUCUGUGUGCCUCAGGGCUGGGGCAGCUUCCUCAGACACGCAUUUAUCCUCAUGUGCAGACCUCUUUGGGAGUGAGGUAGGCCUCUGUUGACAUGUCUUAUAACGGUUCCUUAGGCUGGGGGAUCUUCCCACAGGAAGUUUUAUUUGGGAUGAUAAGUGGGUUCCCUGAAAACCGAAGGCUGGCUGUCCAGGGCAACACCGCCUGCCGGUGCUCCCCUCCCCCGUCCCCGUCAGGCUGUCUGCACCUGAGGGUACAGUGGGCCAGUCAGCAGCUCUGUCCCAGGACUGCGCCUUGCCCUUGGCCCUCCUGCUUCCUUGUAGCAACCGCUCAAGACUGGAACCUGUUAUUCCCUUUCAGCCUCCAGUGGUUCUGAGAGGAGAGUGCCCUUCCAGAGUCCCAGGACACAGGUCCUUGGCGCCCUCCCUCCUCCCUCUGGCAAUAAGAGACCAGAGGCUUCAAGUGGGGGUCUCACGUGCUUGACCUCAGCCGCAGAGGGCACUGAGACUCAACCCACAGUCCAUGGGAGUCUCUUCCCAUGGCAUUUCUUCCACAGCCAUACCCCUCCCAGCACAACCAGGCCCAGGUGGGCUAGCUCAGACCCCCCUCAGGGGCCAGGGGCUCAGAAACCUCUCAUGUGGAGCCUGCUGGCCAGAGGCCUGCCAUCCACAACUGCAUCUCCUGGGUACAAGCCCUGCAGCAGCCCCAACCUGCCACCGGCCUGUGAUGCCGAGCUGUGGCUGCUCCUUAGUUACAGUAGCAUGAGUCCCCCUCCUGGGCCUUGAGGAGGGGGACAGAGUGUGAUGUAGACACGUGUCUGUUGAACGGCAGAGAACGCUAAGAAGGCUGUGCCAGGUGGGGCGUGCCCCUGCUUGGUUCCUCCAUUUUGUGGGUACAUGCCCAAUGGCACCUGGACUACGUCUCCAGUAGCCUGAUGAGUGAGAGACUGGCAAGUCUUUCCCGAAACCUACGUGCGCACUGCCUGGUCUGUCUGCAGCUGCAGACACCUCCUCAGCAGGAGCAGGGCUCGCACCUGCUGUUCCGUCCAGGGGCGCCUGUCUCCUCCACACAGCUCCGUGUUGUGUGUGACCUAGUGCAUCUGUGUGUCUGUGUGCUGUCUGUGUCACUGUUCUUGUGGGUGUCUGCACGGUUCCCGGUCACCGCCCUGUGGCGCAUCGCUCUUGGAGGGUGCGGGGCGGGCGGUGUAUCACUUGUCGUCCAGCAGUGGCUUUUUCUUAGGUAAUUGUGCUUCCUCAGCGCCCGUCGGGUUGUGGCAUCCUUGGAUCUGCGGGGAUCUUCCGUGUUUGCAUGUUCCUCAGGGUGUGUUCCUGCUCCCUUGGUCCAGUGCGUGUUCCCUUGCCUGCAUGGACUUCUCUGGUUCUGUGUUGUGUGCUGAGUGCCGCCCAGUGUUCUGUGAUCACCCUUGUAGCUACUGAAAAAUGGCUGGGUAAGCAAGCAGGGGGGUAUUGGGGGGAUCAAGAGGGAGGUCAGUAUCCCUCUUCCCUCCUUCUCCCCAAAUAUAGCAAGAAGCAUCUCUAACAUCUAGGCUGAGAACAAGCCUGAAUGGUACCAUGGUUGGGAGAGAGAGCGUGAGCUUAGAAUCAACUUUCCAGACCAGAUUGAGCCCCACCCUUACUUUAGCCUUCCGGGAGCCAUCACCAGGCAAGGCCCAGAGCCGGCUGUGACCGGCGCACUCCUGCCAACCCCUGCCACCAGCCCCAGCCCCUGCCAAUGCGGACCCCAGACCACCCGCACCCGGAUGGGUGGGGUGGGAGCUGUCCGUUCAGGACCACAAGCCAUCCUCUGCCCUGGCUCAGAGGGCAGAGCUCACCCCAACGCUUCUGCCUCCUUCCGUUCAUCUCUCAGCUCCUCUCCCUUCUCCUCUCCCCUGCGGCACCCAUGGUGCCAGGGGCAGAAGCUGACACCGAGCUCUUGCCCUGCCCCUAAGUGGAGUCUGUGCCAAGCCCUCCCCUCCGUCACUGUGUUCAUACUUGGCACUUUGCUGGCCCUGAGAAAGGUAAUGACAGCCGCAAAAUCUAAUCCACACACUUUUCAUCGACUCCGUAAUCUGAUUGGUGUUCCCUCUUGCACUGAAUAAUACAUGCCUCUCUCAGGUAAGCCAUUUUAUAAAAUAAGAGAUAAAAUCCACUGUCGAGACAGUGUUUGCUUCUGCCGAAGGUGUCCGACAGCACCCUGGGCAUUAGGGUGGUAGAGCUGCCACGGAGGCUCCCAGGCCCUAGGGGGCUGAGAGCCCACUUGAAUUGUAAGCCUUCUUGCUUUUGAUAACACAGUAUUAUUUCUCUUACUGUAGAAGAAAACGUUUAUUACCAAACAAGAGUAUUUUUAUGAAAGACAGGACAAAUCUAUAAAUUAUCUCAACCUAUAUCUCCCUUGAAAAUACUUUCAGGCUCCACCAAAAUGUAGGACUGAAAGCUUGUAUUUUGGAAGAAAGAGAUACAUUUUUGUAUGCUUUCUUUUCCUUUUGUAGAUUCCCAACUUAUUUUCUAAGACUGCAAAGAUCACUUUGCCACCAGCCCUGGGACCUGAGACCAAGGGGUUGUCUUGUGGGUGGUGAGGGGAAGGACAGGCUGGAUGAGGUUCGCAGUCAUUCCAAGGAGCUCUGAUGAGGGGCCACCAGAUCUCGAAGGUGCGCUAGGGACCAGGAGGUUAAAAACAAACAAGGCCUUUGAUGGUGGGUUCUUCGCCUUGGAGCUGACUGGUUAUGUGGAAGGAGAUGAGAAUUCGGAUACCAGUUCUGAGCUUGAUUGAGGGAACGAGGGUCACGCUGGCUAACACAAGGCUAUAGCAUCCUUAGUGCUCCGAGUGUGGCUCGAGGCAGUCAUGAUUUCAUCUCAAACACGCGUGAACUCACUCAGCUAACAAUGGGAUAGGUAGUGCUUCUGUGUGCAGUGGACUUACGUGCAAUUUGUUCAAAAGGGAACAAGUCAUUGAGAAGAAACAAAAGCCCAAUACUUAGAGUCCCAAUUUUGUCUUAUUUGCCAAAAAAAGCAACCCCUGUAGAGUUGAUAUUGUUACAAUGUACAUACUGUAAAAUAUGAAAGAAUCGAUGUAUCUUACUUUUUCAUUAUUUGCUAACCAAAGCUGUACAUUUUUCAUACGAUCUGCAGCCUUUUGAGUAUCAAAGGGGUAAAUCCACAACCCAUCAGCCAUUCUGGAAGUGCACUAUUUAUACUGGUACCCUUGCUUUUUUUUCCCCCAUUUUCUUGCUGAGAUGACAUGAAUUGUUGAGUUUAUUUUUACACAGUAAAGAGUGAAG